ACCGCUGAAAGUUGGGAGAAACGCGGCAAGAAGUUGGGAGAAGUCCCGGCGGUUGUGAAUCGCUCGCAUUUUUCUCUUUAUUUUUUUACGGGAGAAAAUAUGUUUGGUUUCAAGCGCAGUAAGGAAUUAAAAACAAUUGUGUAACAACUCGAUUCUACUUUUGUUUGGAAUGAAGAAAAACAGAAGGACCACCCAGGAGGAAUUUUUACGUUGAUCCAGAUGAAAAUAGUUGGGAGGCGGGGCGGUGAGGAAAUAUCGAGAGACAGGAAAGGAUUCCACCCGAAAACCCCGAUGUUUUCGGAAAUGCAAAAGAAAACCUUUGCAUUUAUAUAGUGCCUUCCACGUCCCCUUCUCAGGACGUUCCAACGUGUUCUGCAGCCAAUGAAGCGAUUGUGUGUAUAGAAAAUUAUUCUUAUUCAGAUGUUUUAUUCGUGUGUGCUUAGUCACGGCUGUGGACGAUAACAGGACUGCUGAGAGUGUCAGCUCCUUGAACGAAGGGGCUGCUUACCAUUCACCGUUGCAAUGACUCGGGUCAACAGUGACCUCGAUUCCUGUGCGAUGCGAGCGGUGCUUGCGGUCACGUCCAGCGAGCUGCAGAUUGAUACCGGGUUACUGGCCACUGCUGUGGUGCUGGGCGUUUUCCUGGGUGUCGUUGGGGGAGUUCUGCUUUACUUGUUCGUUCUGAAAUCCGCCUUGCAAAGAAAGCAAACGUGUUCAGAUGGAACUGAUGACAGUUCCGAUUCUGAGGAUGACCAGUAUUAUGACAGCAACUCCGAGAGUGUGGUGGAAAGAACCAAAGCUUCCGCCCUUCAAGAGGAAGAUGAAUUAUCAAUCAACAGUAAUAUAGCUGCUUUUGCACUGAAAGCAAAAGUCAUAUAUCCCAUAAAUCAAAAAUUUAGGCCCCUAGCAGACGGAUCAUCUAACCCUUCUCUAUUAGAGAACUUGAAACAAAGAGACCACAGCAAAAGGACAAAAGAUUUUGUUUUAUCUGGGUCUGAGUCACCUUGUCAAAUGGAUGAAAGAGGGUACUAUUAUUUUCAAGGGAAUUAUUCACCACCAGAUCCUAAAGCAUGUAAUGAAGAUAAGCUAGUUUUGAUGGUAACAUUCUUCCCAGAAAUACUGGCCUAUUCAAGUCCUGAGGCAGAUCUUGGCCUGUACAGACUUAGUCUGCAAGACCUGAGACAAUUAGAUACAGAAAUGCAUCAAGAAAAAUGUACGAUGUUUCUUCAGUUGUUAAGAAUAGAACUGAAUAAUUUGUAUUUAAGAGAGAAAAUUGAUGAGAAUUUCUACGGGGAUUUUCUUUCCAUGCAAGAGAAGGAACUACAAGAACUGACAAAGAAACAUCAGCCAAUGUUCCCAAGUGCUGCUGACAGGGAAGAGUCUGAACACUGUUAUACUUUGGAAGAAAUUGAAAGAAAUGAACAAGAUUAUUUUCAAUAUGCCAUACAACAGAUGAGUCGAUUCUUCCAGCAAACUGAACACUCUCAUUUCUUCCUUCUGAAACAUUCUGAGCUCCCUAAAGUCACUGUGGAGGAGAUAAUGCAGAACGUGCGUGACAAAAUGUCCCAGUUGGAGAGUAUGCUAACUGACACUCUGACUUUGCAAGUCACGGUUAUUCUGGAUAAGUUGACGCGUUGGAAGUUCAUGGCUAAAAGCCUUUAUUUCUUCAAGUGGCUUGCUCAGCAGGAAAACAGAGACAAUUUGAAAAUGGUGACAUCUGUCCUGGAAACUCUCACCAGAGAUGGUACAUUGGCAUCUUGGCAAAAAGAAGAGCUAACAGCCAGAUUACAAAGUUCGGUUCAGGGUUGUGUGAACACAUUGAACAAUGAAUUUACCAAGCAGACAAAAGGCAUCAUUUUGGAAAUGAAGAGACGGCGGAGGACUCUGAUGAAUAGACUUGAAGAGACACAAAGAGAGGAGGCUACGAAUCUGACAGACAGGGCUAGGCGAAUACUUGCUCCAGAUGACUUUAUUAAGAGUUAUCAUGAACUUGAGGACCGCCACAGGCAGAUCCGUUGUGAAAUGGAGGAUGAAGAAGAUCAUAAGGAUGCUGAGGCAGUUACUGAGCUGUGGAAGAACCUGCACUUUGCCUCAUCACGGACUGUGGACAAAUUGAUCGAGGAGCUUUUUUCAGAAACUCUACCAAACCUCACUGAAGUAUCUUCAUCUGCAAUGAAAACCCUGAAAAGCCAAAUGCAGCAAGAGUUAAGGGCAAGCAAGCAGGCAGCAGAAGAAGAAAGAAAAUGGCAUUUGACAUUUUUCCAAGAAAAAUUGGUCCAAAUGAAGCAGGAAUGGCUAAAUGAGCAGGCACUUAAUUCAGCUAAACAGAAACACCUUGUUGACUAUCAGGAACAGAUCAUUCAAAGCUUGCUAUUGAAGCAGACUGCACUAGAUGAGAAGUUUUCUAAGCACAUUAUGCUGGAGCACAAGACGGCUUUACAGUCUGUGGUUAGAUGGUUAACUCUGAGACAUCUUAGUCUAAUGACACUCAAGGAUAUGAAGCUUUACAAGACUAAAUGUCAGCUGGAUGAACUAGGGGAACAGCGAUUAAAAGAACCACCCAUUUGGGAUGAGUAUGAAGACGAAAGCAAGAAACUAAGGGAUGAUCUGGUGUCCAGAUUGUCAAAAGAAAAAGAGAAGCUGUGCCGAGAGACUGAAUCACUGAUUCACCAGCAACUCGCUGCAGAAUCCCAGGCACUGAUGGAUUUUUUGCAGCAUCACAUGGUUCAGGUCAUUGGCCAUGCUCUAGUCCAUCAAGUUGGAAUCAACUCUGCCAAGCAGAACCAUAUAGACAGCACGCAUCAACUCAAGAAUCUACUAGUAGAGAGAACAAUGGAGAGCGUCUAUGUGACCAUGGAAGGUGCAACUUGUCUUAUUCAGAAUUAUCACCAACGGAUAGAAGAAAUCAUGGAGUUAUACAGGAAAGACAAAAGGAAUCAGCUGAGGUCCCUGCAAGAAACUUUUAAAAGGAAACAGCACAUUAAGGAGAAGAUGAUGGAAGAAAAUCUUAAUGAAGACAUGGCUAAUGUGAAGACAAAGCGCUUUACUUCAACAAAGAUUCAACAUCAGAUGAUGCUUCAGCAGAGGAAGAUUAGGUCCUUGCUUUUGCUUGAAGAGGAAAUAAAUACAGAGUUCCUAAAACGGAGGACAGAGCUGCUCCAUCAAUUGAAAGAGCAGCUAGAUAAACACUUGAAGAUGGCAGAAGAAACAUUCAUGUCACAGCUUGCAGAUUUAGCAAGAGUUCCACAAGCAGAAUGGAAGAUCCUGGAGAAAAAGUUCCUUUCAGGGAAAUGCCAGUCUUACCCUCAAGAACCAAAAGCGAAACCUUACAAGCAGGAAAAUGAGCAUGAGCCCAGAUGUUGACACUACAGUGUGCUAUAAAGAACCUAGUCUUUGUAUUAUGGUUCAUGACCUUUGCUGUACGUAAAUAUCUCAGCUGCUUUUGAGUUUAUGGAACUUGCCUGUUUAAUUUUUGACAGCCUGUAAAACAGGCAAGGUACAAAGGACUGAAAAUGUAUGGCCAAGACUUGUUGCAGCUUGAAAUCCAUUACAGUGGAUACUGCCAAAUGAACUAAGUUGCCAAACAUCAACAGGAUGCUUAAAUCCUAUAUGUAAAACAAAAUCCAUUUAAGUUACGCCUCAAACUAUUGAAACAUUUUGUAUAUAAGGUGGUGAAUGCAUAUUCAAAAGUUUAUGGUAGUGGAGGACCAGAACUGUAAAUAAACAGCAGUAGAGAAUACCAUUAAUCUCAAAUAAUAAUUAGCCUGGCUAUAGUUUACUGGAUUUACAUUAAAACAUCAAAACCUGAAAACCCUAGAGUUACAGAAGAACCAAGUUGGCACCAUUUGGAUAAGUUGUAUUGUUACAGAUUUUAUCUGCUAUAAUACAAUCAAUACUUGCUAAAAUCCAUAUCUUUGCAUUAAGAUGUGGACCUGAGUUAUUGCAGGAAUACAUUGACCAGCAAUUCACUCUGAGAAAGAACUUGACUAAUGAUAGUCUCUGCUU